AUGGACGCCAUUGAUUCCGUGUUCGAUCCACUCAGAGAAUUCGCCAAGGACAGCGUCAGGCUGGUCAAGCGAUGCCACAAACCCGAUCGCAAAGAAUUCUCUAAAGUUGCUGUGCGUACCGCGAUUGGUUUCGUUGUGAUGGGAUUCGUAGGCUUUUUCGUCAAGCUCAUCUUCAUUCCAAUCAACAACAUCAUCGUCGGAUCUGGUGGUGGGGGGCGUAAUGAGGUGAUCCAUGGUUGGAAAGUGAAGAAGUUGGCAGAGCCAGAGAACGUUGCAAAGAGGACAUAA